GCGUGUCAGCUGGCGUUGCAUAGUAAUUGUUUGCAUCUCUUGUUUGUGUAAUUUCAGCGGCUAUUGUCGCUAAAUAAACAUUGUUAUGCCUUUUAUUUAGUUCAGAAACAAAACAUCUUUUUUAAACAACGUAGUCUAAAUUGUGAGUGCUGUAACACCCAGUCACGGAUGGAGGCAAAAUUAAAGGAAUAUCGCGCUCUUCGACGUCGCAAAGAGCUCAUUGAAACCGCGAAGAACAAGAUUGAGCAAUCCAAAAAUAAAUUUGUGGAUUUCAUCACCCCAAACUUCUUCAAAGAGAUGGAAAAGGCAAAAGAAGAUGAGGUGUUGUUGAUUGAAAAUGAAGAGCCAACAGCUUCAGAGUACCCUGUACGCCAAUUUGAAGGUAGUACAGAUUUAGCAUCAUUAGCAUCAGAAACCAGUGAAGUAGAAGAAACCUUGCCAGCAGGAUCACAAGAAUCUUGGCGAUACUUCAUCAUCAAAUGGACCAUUUACACCAUAAUAUGGCUUACACUAUAUGCAUUCUUCCUGAAGAUACAAUUCGGUGCAGUCUUCUUUGUAUUUUCCGUUUUAAUUGGGAUAUAUCUAAAUACUAGAACAGGGCCGAAGAGGAGGGGAGAAGUGUCAGCAUACAGCGUAUUUAAUAAGGACUGUGCCAGCAUUGAUGGGACACUGAAAGCUGAACAGUUAAUGAAAGAAAUGAUGUAUGGUUCUGCUGUUCGGUAAACAGUGACUAUUCUAAUUUAUUUAUUUUGUAUAUUUUAAAGUUCUUAUUAAUACAGGUCCACAAUAAAGAGAUGGAAAACACUCAAUACUUUUUUUUCAAGGCAAAUGAAACACAAUUCUAAUAUUUCAUAAAUUUGACUUUGGUUUUAUUUAUUAUAUUUACUUACAAAUCUUUAAUAACAAAUAUAAUUGUUCAUGAUUAUAAUAUAAAAUAUAUUUUAGUUAACUUAUACUGCAGUACAAUAUUUAGUGUGCUUGGUAACUGGCAUCUUUGUUCAUGAACAUUACAAUUAAUGACAACAUUAAC